AUGGCAGGUAGGCAAACCAGGGGCCGACAGAGAAUCCCUAUCCAGUUCAUUGAAAGCCAGGACGACAUGUAUGCCACGUUUUCGAAACGUCGCCUUGGCCUUUAUAAAAAGGCCAGUGAGCUCAGCACCCUGUGCGGUGUUGACAUUGGAUUAAUUAUCUUCUCUCCUACGGGAAAUCCAUACUCGUUUUUCAGUCCGGGUGCGGAGGCGAUUAUGGAGAGAUACCGGAAUCCCGACCAGCCCGUAAGCGGCAUUCCUCAGUUCAUCGACGAUCAUUCUAGAACCCAACUCGUGCAGCUCAAUCAAGCGCUCGAUGAGGUUCUAGAAAUGAAAGAACAAAUCAAAGAUCGAGAGAAACAACUCGAUGAGGCUGAUGGAAUUCGCCCUAAGGGUUGGUGGGAACAUGUCCCCGUUGAGAGCCUGAAUGCGAACCAGGUCCUAACAUGGACCACUUGGUUCGAGAAUGUUCGGACCCAAAUUCGCACUCGGAAGGAGGAACUUAGGAAUGGCGCUGGUACUAGCGCCGCUCCCGGUUCCACCCGUUAG